ACGGGCGGGAGCGGUGUUGCGGCCCGGAGCGGGGAAGCCGCUCCUGGGGGCUGCUCGGCCGGGCUCCCCCUGCCUCGGGCCCCUCCUGGCAGCGGCGGCGGGCCCGGGGUUUGGCAGGAGGUGCUAGGCAGGCUGAGCGGAGAGGGGGCAGAGCGGCAGGUACCGGGGAGGCUGAGGGCAGCCGGGGUCGGGAGGCAGGCACCGGGGCGCUGAGGGGAGCCAGGGUGCGGAGGCAGGCACCGGGCGGGCCGAGCGGAGCCGCCUAUCUCAGGCUGCCGUUCCCGGCAGGGCAUCCCGGCGCCUUCUUUCGCCGCCCUCGGGGCUGUCCGGAAUGGCCUCUCCGCGGCGGGCUGGGCGCUUCUCGGCCGCGUUGCGGACCGUGGUGGCCGCGGCGCUGCUGGGGCUGCUGUGCGCGGCCUCGGCCCUGGACGCGGUCCCGGAGAGAGCGGCGUUCCCCUGGGCGGCGGUGAGGCUCCCCACGGCCGUCGUGCCGCUGCACUACCAGCUCCUCAUCCACCCCAACCUCACCACGCUGACCUUCGCCGGCACCGCGGCCAUCGAAGUGCUGGCCGCGGAGCAGACCAGCGCCGUCGUCCUGCACAGCAAGUGGCUGAACAUCAGCGGGGCCAGCCUGGGCGAGGCCGGCGGCGCGGCGGCGGGGCUGGCGCUGCGGGUGCUGCAGGAGCCGCGCCGGGAGCAGGUGGCUCUGCUGGCGCCGAGGCCGCUGCGCCCCGGGCGCCGCUACACGCUCCGCGUCCACUACUCGGCGCAGCUCUCCCGGUCCUUCCGCGGCUUUUACAAAAGCACCUACAGGAGCCGGGAGGGAGAGCUCAGGGUGCUUGCAGUGACACAGUUUGAGCCCACAGCUGCACGGAUGGCCUUCCCCUGCUUUGAUGAGCCAGCCUUCAAAGCCACCUUCUCCAUCCGGAUCCGCAGGGAGCCGAAGCACCUUGCCCUCUCCAACAUGCCGAUUGUGAAGUCUGUGAGUUUAACUCCCUGGCUUGUUGAGGACCAUUUUGAUACCACUGUCAAGAUGAGCACCUACCUGGUGGCCUUUAUUGUUUCAGACUUUAAAUCCAUCAGCAAAAUGAGCAGCCAUGGAGUAAAGAUCUCUGUCUACACGGUGCCAGAGAAAAUCAGCCAAGCUGAGUAUGCCCUGGAGGCAGCAGUGAAGCUUCUGGACUUUUAUGAGGACUACUUCAGUAUUCCAUACCCCCUGCCUAAACAAGAUUUAGCAGCUAUACCAGAUUUUCAGUCUGGUGCUAUGGAGAACUGGGGGCUGACCACCUACCGGGAGUCAGCUUUGCUGUAUGACCCUGAGAAGUCCUCAUCAUUCUCUAAACUGUGGAUCACCAGGGUGGUAGCCCAUGAGCUGGCCCAUCAGUGGUUUGGCAACCUGGUUACCAUGGAGUGGUGGAAUGACCUGUGGCUGAAUGAAGGCUUUGCCAAGUUCAUGGAGUUUGUGUCAGUCAGUGUCACUCAUCCGGAGCUCAGAAUCGAGGACUACUUCUUGAGGAGAUGCUUUGAUGCCAUGGCAGUGGAUGCUUUAAAUUCCUCACACCCCAUAUCUACUCCAGUGGAAGAUCCAGCUGCAAUCUUGGAGAUGUUUGAUGAUGUUUCUUAUGACAAGGGCUCUUGUGUAUUAAAUAUGCUGAAGGACUACCUGACUGCUGAUGUGUUUAAAGCUGGGCUGGUGAACUACCUGCAGAAAUACAGCUACCAGAACACCAAAAAUGAGGACCUCUGGGACAGCCUGACAAAUGUUUGCCCUGAAGCAGAUGCUGAGAAGAAUGAACAGCAGGGGUUCUGCAGAAGAAGCCAGCAGCCUUCUUCCAGUGCACACUGGACCCAAGAAAAGACUCUUGAUGUGAAGGCAAUGAUGGACACCUGGACACUGCAAAAAGGUUUUCCCCUGGUGACAGUCACAGUGAGAGGGAGAAAUGUCCACCUACAGCAGGAGCACUAUAUGAAGGGAGCGGAGUCUUCAUCCACAGACAGGUCCCUGUGGCACAUCCCCCUGACCUACAUCACCAGCAAAUCUGACACUGUCCAGAGGUUCUUGAUGACCACCAGAGCAGAUGUCCUCAUCCUCCCUGAAGAAGUGGAGUGGAUCAAGUUCAACGUGGACAUGAAUGGGUACUACAUCGUGCACUACGCAGGGGAGGGCUGGGGCCCCCUAAUCAGCCUCCUGAGGGACAACCACACCCUGCUGAGCAGCAGUGACAGAGCAAACCUCAUCAACAAUGUCUUCCAGCUAGUGAGCACAAAGAAGCUGCCCAUUUCCAAAGCUUUGGACCUGACCUUGUACCUGCAGCAGGAAACACAGAUCAUGCCUGUGCUGCAGGCCAUGCAUGAGCUGAUCCCCAUCUACAGGCUGAUGGAGACCAGGGGGAUGGACAGCACCAACCAACAGCUAAAGGAGUACCUGGUGAGGCUCUUCAGGGAGCUGAUUGACCACCAGUCCUGGAGCGACGAGGGCUCAUCCUCGCAGCGGCUGCUGAGGAGCCAACUGCUGCUCUUUGCUUGCCUCUAUCACUACCAGCCCUGCCUGGACAAGGCCAGCAGAUACUUCACACGGUGGCAACAGUCCAAUGGAACCCUCAGCUUGCCAGCAGAUGUGAAGCCAGCUGUGUACACUGUGGGAGCUCAGACAGCAGAAGGGUGGGAGUUCCUCCUCAGCAGGUACCAGCUACCUGCCUUCAGCGCAGAGAGAGAGGACAUUGAGCUGGCUCUCAGCCGCAGCAGGAGCCAGGAGAGGCUUCAGUGGUUGAUGGACCAAGGCCUGCGUGGGGACAUCAUCAGGACCCAAGACCUACCCUUUCUUCUUGUCUUCAUUGCCAGAAACCCAUCUGGUGUCACUCUGGCCUGGGCCUUCCUAAAGGCCAACUGGGAGGAGCUGGUGGCAAAGUUUGAGCUGGGCUCCCACUCUGUGGCACAGAUGGUGACUGGGGUGACCAGGCAUUACUCGACAUGGGCACAGCUGGCACAGGUGAAGGAAUUCUUCAGCUCCCAGGAGGAGAAAGGCUCCCAGCUCCGCUGCGUGCAGCAGGCCCUUGACACCAUCCAGGACAACAUCCAGUGGAUGGACAGGAACCUGGAGGAGCUCAGGAGGUGGCUGCACCACAACCAGCUGUAGGUGGCCUCUGUCAGAAGUGACUGAAAGCUGAAGAGCUGCGAGAAUGGAGGGCUGGAGGCAGCUCAGAUGUAGAAGGUGUUUCUGUGCAGGAGCUGCAGGGCAGCCUAACACCAUCAUGGACUUAUUUUGGCUGGAGAAGAACUCCAAGUUUGUGGAGUCCAGCUGUUAACCUAACCCUGACAAGCCACCCCUU